GACGAAGGCGCUUUUCCCGGGGACCCUUGUUGCUGCUGCCCACCCACGGGCGCUGAGGGUGGCCCCGGGGCAUCUGCCACUGCGGCUGUGGUAAUGCUCCUAGCCUUCCGCUGCUGCAGUACGGCGGGCUCUCCCGCUGGCAGUGCGAGCUGGCCCAAGGUAAUCCCUUGGCUCGCUCCCGAGAGGCUCCGCGGUUGGUCGUGGCCACUGGGGGCACGUCCCCGUGGUGGGCUUGGAAAGGGGGCACUUGGCAGGAGCAGGAACCGGGGAGAGAGAAUGAUUGUGUGCUCCCUGCCAUUCACUGUGGAAAGGGCCAAGCCUUGCUUCCAUGAUGAGUGCAGAGCUCAAUGUCCCCGUGGAACCUUCCCCGCCUGCUUGCUCUGAACCAGGUAAUAAAGGGAUGGAUUAUCGGGACUGGGUUCGUCGAAGCUACCUGGAAUUGGUCACUUCUAAUCAUCAUUCAGUUCAAGCCCUUUCUUGGAGAAAGCUCUACCUGAGCAGGGCCAAGCUCAAAGCUUCCAGCCGGACUUCCGCCCUGUUGUCUGGAUUUGCCAUGGUAGCCAUGGUGGAGGUGCAGCUGGAGAUGCAGUACCAGUACCCCCAGAUGCUCCUGAUAGCCUUCAGCGCCUGCACCACGGUGCUGGUGGCCGUCCAUCUCUUUGCCCUCCUCAUCAGCACCUGCAUCCUGCCCAAUGUGGAAGCCGUGAGCAACAUUCACAACUUGAACUCCAUCAGUGAGUCCCCCCACGAGCGCAUGCACCCCUACAUCGAGUUGGCGUGGGGCUUCUCCACCGUGCUGGGGAUCCUCCUCUUCCUGGCGGAGGUGGUGCUCCUGUGCUGGAUCAAAUUCCUCCCUGUGGACUCGAGCGCGAAGGACGGGCCCGGCUCCAAGCCGGGCCCGAGCAGCCACACGGGUUGGCAAGCUGCCUUGGUGUCCACCAUCAUCAUGGUGCCGGUGGGUCUCAUCUUUGUCGUGUUCACCAUUCACUUCUACCGUUCCUUGGUCCGGCACAAAACGGAGCGCCACAAUCGGGAGAUAGAGGAGCUCCACAAACUGAAAGUCCAGUUGGACGGUCACGAGAGGAGCUUGCAGGUCGUGUGAGUAGCCGGACACACAAGGGGGAGGGGGGAUGUCUCUGUCAAGGGCAAAGAAGCUGGAAAUAAAACAAGUAUUUUGGUCACAGGA